CCAUCACUCAGAGGAAUACUUAGUGCUUUUUCUGGUAUAGCUUCAACUGCUGGCAUUUUCAUGAUCUAUUUGUUAGGCUCAUUCAUUUCAUGGCGUCAAGUGGCUUACGCUUGUGCACUCAUUCCAAUACUCAACAUUUUGGUGGCACUUUUCGUCCCAGAGGCGCCAAUUUGGUUGAUUUCAAAACAACGUUCGGAAGAGGCACAGAAAUCAUUGCAAGUACUACGAGGAUGGGUUUCAACCGAGAGUAUUUCAGCCGAAUUUCGGCAAUUGAAAAAUAUUGGUGAAAUUUCGGUGUCAUGUUCAAAUUGCGAAAAAUCGGGCAGUAAAUGUGAUCAUGCACCGCCAACAUUAUCGGACAAACUCAAAGACAUGACCAAAAAGCGAACACUCAAACCAUUUACAUUGAUUACAAUUUUGUUCCUCUUCAUGCAAUUCUCUGGGAUGUUCGCAAUGCGACCUUAUAUCGUACAAAUUAUAAACGUUCAUGGCAUUUCACUUGAUGCAAACUUCACCACCAUUCUUCUUGGCGUCCUUGGAAUUUUGGCGAAUGUUUUCAUUGUAUUCACAAUUCAAUCGCUGGGUAAACGAAGAAUUUAUCUUUAUUCGAUGGUCGGUAAUUUUGUCAGCAGCUUUGGAUUGAGCAUUUAUGGAUGGUACUUCUUCUCACCUGGAUGGUCUUCGAUCGAUGUUGGUACUACGGGCAACUCUACACAUAGCCUAGAAUCGAUCCGCGAAACCGUUGGCAACUAUAAUUACUUUGCGCUAGCCAUGUUUUUAAUUAUGCAGUUUUGUGUUUCGGUCGGUGUUUCCUCUGUUCCGUACAUUAUGAUGAGCGAGGUGUUCCCAUUCAAGUCACGGUCAUUUUAUUGUGCAUUGGCUAGUACAAUAAAUCAACUCUUUGCAUUCAUCGCAACCAAAACGUACUAUGACUUUGAGAGAUGGCUUUCAUUGCCCGGGGUGAUAUGCUUUUAUGGUGCUAUUGGCGUUGUUGGAUUCAUACUGAUGUCAUUUAUGCUGCCGGAAACGGAGAAUCGUUCAAUGGAGGACAUCGAAUUACACUAUUCGGACAACAAACGCAGCAUUUUUGAUAUCAAUAUUAGUAUCAAUGCAACAAAUGACCUACAAUCAAAAGAUGGCAAAGAGAAAUUUUAAU